CCUCCCUCUCGCUCACUAGCUCGCGCGCUCCCGGCCCCGCGCGCUCCGGGCCCCGGGUUUCUCUUGGCUGCUGCCUGUGAGGUGACUGCGCUGGGAAAUAUGGCGACCGAGGGAAUGAUCCUUACCAACCACGACCACCAAAUCCGCGUCGGGGUCCUUACAGUGAGUGACAGUUGCUUUCGGAACCUUGCAGAAGACCGAAGUGGGAUAAACCUCAAAGACUUAGUCCAAGAUCCUUCACUGUUGGGUGGGACUAUAUCGGCUUACAAGAUAGUACCAGAUGAAAUAGAAGAAAUCAAGGAAACACUUAUAGAUUGGUGUGACGAAAAGGAACUUAAUUUGAUUUUAACAACUGGAGGAACUGGAUUUGCACCACGAGAUGUCACUCCAGAGAAAUUCCCAACAUUCCCAUUUUGUGGGCUCCAGAAAGGGGCUACAAAAGAAGUAAUAGAACGGGAAGCUCCAGGGAUGGCCCUUGCAAUGCUGAUGGGAUCACUUAAUGUUACACCUCUGGGCAUGCUAUCUAGACCUGUAUGUGGAAUCAGAGGGAAAACGCUCAUAAUUAACCUGCCAGGUAGCAAGAAAGGGUCCCAGGAAUGUUUUCAGUUUAUACUGCCAGCCCUACCUCAUGCCAUUGACCUUUUACGUGAUGCCAUUGUAAAAGUAAAGGAGGUCCAUGAUGAACUUGAAGAUUUGCCUUCUCCACCACCUCCUCUUUCCCCUCCUCCUACUACCAGCCCACAUAAACAGACGGAGGACAAAGGGGUUCAGUGUGAGGAAGAGGAGGAAGAGAAGAAAGAUAGUGGUGUUGCUUCAACAGAAGACAGUUCCUCAUCACAUAUAACAGCAGCAGCAAUUGCAGCAAAGAUUCCAGAUUCCAUCAUCUCCCGUGGCGUUCAGGUGCUCCCACGAGAUACCGCCUCCCUCAGCACUACCCCUUCAGAAUCUCCUCGUGCCCAGGCUACAUCUCGCCUCUCCACAGCUUCCUGUCCAACACCAAAACAAAUUAGACGGCCGGAUGAAAGCAAAGGAGUUGCUAGUAGAGUUGGAUCCCUCAAACUCCACUAUAGGUUGGAAGGGCUUAAAGGUGAACUCAGGAGAAAUAGAGGUUUCUCUCUGCAGGUCCAGUCCAGGUGCAGCAGCAAGGAGAAUAUUCUCAGAGCCAGUCACAGUGCUGUUGAUAUCACCAAAGUGGCAAGAAGACAUCGCAUGUCUCCAUUCCCACUGACAUCUAUGGAUAAAGCUUUCAUCACAGUCUUAGAGAUGACACCGGUGCUCGGAACAGAAAUCAUCAACUACCGAGACGGGAUGGGAAGAGUCCUUGCACAAGAUGUAUAUGCAAAGGACAACCUACCCCCCUUCCCAGCAUCAGUAAAAGAUGGCUAUGCUGUCCGAGCUGCUGAUGGCCCAGGAGACCGUUUCAUCAUUGGGGAAUCCCAAGCUGGUGAACAGCCCACUCAGACAGUGAUGCCAGGACAAGUCAUGCGGGUUACAACAGGUGCUCCAAUCCCCUGUGGUGCUGAUGCAGUAGUACAAGUGGAAGAUACUGAACUCAUCAGGGAAUCCGAUGAUGGCACUGAAGAACUGGAGGUACGGAUUCUAGUGCAGGCUCGGCCAGGCCAGGAUAUUAGACCCAUUGGCCAUGACAUUAAAAGAGGGGAAUGUGUAUUGGCCAAGGGAACCCACAUGGGCCCAUCAGAGAUUGGUCUCCUGGCAACUGUUGGUGUCACAGAAGUUGAAGUUAAUAAGUUUCCAGUAGUUGCAGUCAUGUCAACAGGAAAUGAGUUGCUGAAUCCUGAAGAUGACCUCUUACCAGGAAAGAUUCGAGACAGCAAUCGUUCAACUCUACUAGCAACAAUUCAGGAACAUGGCUACCCAACCAUCAACUUGGGGAUUGUAGGAGACAACCCAGAUGACUUACUCAAUGCCUUGAAUGAAGGUAUCAGUCGUGCAGAUGUCAUCAUCACAUCAGGGGGUGUUUCCAUGGGGGAAAAGGACUAUCUCAAGCAGGUGCUGGACAUUGAUCUUCAUGCACAGAUCCAUUUCGGCAGGGUUUUUAUGAAGCCAGGCCUGCCAACAACAUUUGCAACCUUGGACAUUGAUGGUGUAAGAAAAAUAAUCUUUGCACUACCAGGAAACCCUGUGUCAGCUGUGGUCACCUGCAAUCUCUUUGUUGUCCCAGCACUGAGGAAGAUGCAGGGGAUCCUGGAUCCUCGGCCAACAAUUAUCAAAGCCAGGUUAUCAUGUGAUGUGAAACUGGAUCCUCGCCCAGAAUAUCAUCGGUGUAUCCUGACUUGGCAUCACCAAGAACCACUGCCUUGGGCUCAGAGUACAGGGAAUCAGAUGAGUAGUCGUCUGAUGAGUAUGCGCAGUGCCAAUGGACUGUUGAUGCUACCUCCAAAAACUGAGCAGUAUGUGGAACUUCACAAGGGCGAGGUGGUGGACGUCAUGGUCAUUGGGAGACUAUGAUGACCCCCAGCGAGAGCAAAGCUUUGAUGCAUGUCUACAUAUCAUUGACUGUAUCCUGUAAUAUGCAACGGCACAGCUAGUUUUUUCUGAUUUGGAUAAAAGUUGAUCAGUAUAGUCAACACCUUGACCUAUAUUUCAAAUGAAUUUAAAUAAAAACCUUUUAAAAAAAAAA